AUGUCCUCAAACCACUCUAACUCGAAUUUUUCUCCAUCAAAGUAUGAUCAAUCUGGUUAUUUUACAGGAAAUGCUACAGAAUCUUCGUCUUCCGCUGCGUACUAUAACGUGGAUUACUCUUACCCCACGUCAACUAUUUCCCAAUCUCCAACAUAUUACUCAAAUGCUAAUCCAGCUGUUCCAAAUACUGGGUACGAGGGCUAUGAUUACUCGAGUUAUUCUAGUGCAGGUUAUUACUAUCAGUAUCCAACGGCUUCAAGAAGUUCAAGUUCAACUGUGACAACAACCCCUCCAGUUGUUGAAGCACCACCGACACUUACAAAUACUACUAUACAGCAACCUACUGUCAGCCUGAAAGCUACCCCCUCGCAAAGUUCUAGCUCAAUUAAGGAUACGAGUAGUAGCUCGAUAAGCAUGGCCGAGACGAAUAAACAGACUACUGGCACUUCAAAGAAAAAACAAAAAACUAUAAUUCGUGCUGCUGGUGGUGAGGUUUGGGAGGAUCCGACAUUACUAGAAUGGGAUAUAAACUUGGGCAACGAGGUAACGGAUGAUUUAUUAUACAAAGCUUUUAGUAAGUAUCCAUCCUUACAAAAAGCCAAGGUAGUUCGUGAUAAAAGAACCGGAAAGUCAAAAGGUUAUGGGUUUGUGAGUUUCAAAGAUGCUGAUGAAUUCGUCAAAGCUUGGAAAGAAAUGAAUGGUAAAUAUGUAGGCAAUCGACCAAUAAAACUACGAAAAAGUACGUGGAAAGACCGAAAUAUUGAAGUUGUUUUAGCUGCUGCAAUAUGUACAAAAGGGGGGAAAGUCGUACUUUCUCGACAAUUUCGGGAAAUGCCAAGACCACAUAUAGAGGGGUUACUUGCCUCGUUCCCUAAACUAACUAGUGCUGGGCAACAGCACACUACCAUAGAAAUUGAACAUGUUCGAUACGUAUAUCAGCCACUCGAUGAACUAUACAUUGUUCUUAUAACCAACCGACAGUCAAACAUAUUGCAAGAUAUUGAUACGCUGCAUUUAUUUGCACGUGUUGUCUCGGAUGUGUGUCGAUCUACUGAUGAACGCGAAAUUCUAAAGAAUAGUUUCGAACUGUUGAGCGCUUUUGAUGAAAUUGUGUCGUUAGGGUAUAGGGAAAAUGUAAAUUUAGCUCAGGUUAAGAGUAUUAUUGAGAUGGAAAGUCAUGAAGAGAAAAUUCAAGAGAUCUUAGCAAGGAAUAAGGAGCAAGAGGCCAAGGAAGAACUUAAAAGACGAGCUAAACAGCUCGAAUUGCAAAAGAAAGAAAUGCUUAAACGUGGAGGAAACACAUCAUUUGGAAGUAAUUUCAGUCAAUCAAUUAAUAGGCUAUCUUCUUAUUCUGAACCGCAAGUACAAUCUCCAUUUGACGAUGGAAUUCGUUCCUCGUAUAACAGUUCUCCAUCUGCCUCGGUAUCCUCCAAAGCGAAGGGUAUGCAACUAGGACGUAAACAAAAAACGGUUGAUUUAUUUGAAGCGGUUAAGGUCGAAACUGGGUUUGAAGAAAUUACUGAAAAAACAAAUGUGAGAAGCAGCACAACAGCCGUCUCAAAAGUACCUACGGAAAGUGUUCAUAUAUCCAUCUCGGAAAAGAUCUCUCUUGUAGCUAAUCGUGACGGCGGAUUAGAAAACUUGGAAGUUAAGGGUGAUGUGAAACUUACCAUCUCCGAUCCAAACUUGACGCGUAUUAAAUUAGCUGUUGAAGCGGUGGAUGAUGGCAAUGUACAGCUUCAGACACAUCCAAAUGUUGACAAAAAAUUGUUUACAAGUGACGGAAUAAUCGCGUUAAAGAAUCCAGCUAAAGGGUUUCCUGUUAAUCAACCUUUAGGUGUUCUAAGGUGGCGAUUCAUAACAAAAGAUGCUACCAAUGUUCCACUAUCAAUAAAUUGUUGGCCUUCUCCUGCUGGUGAUGGAACAAUUGAUGUAAAUAUUGAAUAUGAACUAGAAAACGAAAAUCAAGAAUUCAAAGAAGUGUUGAUUACAAUUCCUUUACCAUCUAACGGUAAUCCUAAAGUUGGCCAAGUAGACGGUCAAUACGAAGUGAAUCGACAAACACGCACUUUCGAAUGGCAAUUACCGAUAAUUGACGCGUCUAAUAAACAAGGGUCCCUUGAAUUCAAUACUCCAGGGGAUGAUAUCAGUUUAUUCUUCCCAGUACUCGUGUCAUUUGUCAGUGAAAAGUUGAUCUGUGAUAUUGAUAUCAAAGAAGUAACAAACCUGGAUAAUGGAGCUUCUGUUCCUUUCUCCAAAGAAAAAAUUUUAACGGCAGAAGAUUAUAGCGUUGCAGAUUAUGAAAAAAAUGAAAUCGAAUACUUUUAA